CCCUCCAUUUCCUUUCCUCCUCUCUCUCUCUCUCUGUCGCUCUUCCACUGCACCAAGCUCUACCUCUCUUCCUUUCUCCAAAUCAUAGUCAAAAUCACGGCCUCACCACCAUACUCUCUCUAUUUUUUUAUUUAUUUAUUUAAAUUAUUAAAAAGAGACAAUUAGAGGAAAAGGAGAGGGUCCGGAGCCUUUGCCCGGGCCCGUCCACCACCACUGCUACCAACAACAUUACUGUCGUAUUCCGAUCUUUUAGGGUUCAAUUUUUUAAAUUCUUUCAUUCUUUAGAAUUGUCUCCAUGUCUAUGAACUCCAAGCCUUGGCUACAUCCGGCUCCCACCUACCGGGCCUUAGAGACCUAUUGGGAUACGGAGGAGGAUGCACCUGGUCCCCGAUGCGGUCACACUCUUACUGCCGUUGCUGCCACCAAGACUACUGGUCCUCGUCUUAUUCUCUUUGGUGGCGCCACUGCUAUUGAGGGCGGAGCUGCCUCCUCUGCUCCCGGCAUCAGAUUGGCUGGCGUCACCAAUUCAGUUCAUUCCUAUGACGUUCUUACCAGAAAAUGGACCAGAAUUAGACCUGCUGGUGAACCGCCAUCUCCUAGGGCUGCACACGCUGCAGCUGCCGUUGGUACAAUGGUGGUUUUUCAGGGCGGCAUAGGUCCUGCUGGUCAUUCCACUGAUGAUCUUUAUGUGCUUGAUUUGACUAAUGACAAAUUCAAAUGGCACAGAGUGGUGGUACAAGGACAAGGUCCUGGGCCUCGCUAUGGCCAUGUAAUGGAUUUGGUUGGCCAAAGAUAUCUUGUUACUGUCAGUGGCAAUGAUGGCAAAAGAGUACUCUCUGAUGCUUGGGCUUUGGAUACUGCCCAGAAACCAUAUGCAUGGCAGAGGCUGAGCCCGGAAGGUGAUAGACCUUCUGCUAGAAUGUAUGCUACUGCUAGUGCUCGCUCUGAUGGCAUGUUUUUGCUUUGUGGUGGAAGGGACUCAUCUGGUGCGCCACUGGCAGAUGCUUAUGGGCUGCUCAUGCAUAGGAACGGUCAAUGGGAGUGGACUCUAGCUCCUGGUGUGUCUCCUUCGCCAAGAUAUCAACAUGCUGCGGUUUUUGUUGGUGCAAGAUUGCAUGUUACAGGAGGUGCUCUUAGAGGGGGACGUUCAGUAGAAGGCGAAGCAGCUGUUGCUGUGUUGGACACUGCUGCUGGAGUUUGGUUGGAUAGAAAUGGACUUGUGACUUCCUCACGUACCAGCAAGGGACAUACUGAACAUGAGCCUUCUUUGGAACUUAUGCGUCGCUGCCGUCAUGCAUCUGCAUCUGUUGGAGUUCGCAUAUAUAUUUAUGGUGGUCUCAAAGGAGAUAUUCUGCUAGAUGACUUUUUGGUUGCAGAAAAUUCGCCAUUUCAGUCUGACAGUAAUUCUCCUAUAUUAACAUCCGAGAGGUCUCCAACCAUAACUAUUCCCAAAUUUAAUCAAUCUAAUUUAAGUUCUUUUUCAACAAUGACUUCAGACGGAGCAGAGAAUCCUUCAUCUGGAGGCCUGAGCAGCAUGGACAAGAAUUCCAUGGAGAAACUUAGGGAGGCUUCUGCUGCUGAAGCUGAGGCAGCUAAUGCUGUCUGGCAGGCGGCACAGGCGGCAUCUGCCAAUCCUGCCGACGAAACAUCCGUAUCUGAUGAUAAUUCACAAGCUGCUGAAACAAUUUCAGAUGGUAGUGACACUGAGGCAGAUGUUCGCCUUCAUCCUAGAGCUGUUGUCGUUGCCAAAGAGGCUGUAGGGAAUCUGGGUGGGAUGGUAAGGCAGUUAUCAUUGGACCAGUUUGAAAAUGAGAGCAGGCGAAUGAUGCCAUCUAACGACCUGUCAUAUCCUACUAAAAAGUUCACCAGGCAGAGGUCUCCUCAGGGCUUGCAUAAGAAGAUUAUUUCUACAUUGCUUAGGCCUCGAAACUGGAAAGCUCCUGCUAAUAGGAGGUUUUUCUUGGAUUCAUAUGAAGUGGGUGAGCUCUGUUAUGCAGCUGAACAGAUUUUUAUGCAUGAGCCCACAGUUCUGCAGUUGAAAGCACCGAUUAAAGUUUUUGGUGAUCUGCAUGGACAGUUUGGUGAUUUGAUGCGGUUGUUUGAUGAAUAUGGAUUUCCUUCCACUGCAGGAGACAUAACGUAUAUUGACUAUUUGUUUUUGGGAGAUUAUGUUGAUCGAGGGCAGCACAGCUUGGAAACCAUUACUUUGCUCCUUGCUCUAAAGAUUGAGUAUCCUGAGAAUGUUCAUUUGAUACGUGGAAACCAUGAGGCUGCUGACAUAAAUGCGCUGUUUGGUUUUCGUCUGGAAUGCAUUGAGAGAAUGGGAGAGAAUGAUGGAAUAUGGGCAUGGACACGCUUCAACCAACUUUUCAACUAUCUUCCACUUGCGGCGCUUAUUGAAAAGAAAAUCAUCUGUAUGCAUGGUGGCAUAGGAAGAUCUAUACAUUCAGUGGAGCAGAUUGAGAAGCUCGAAAGACCCAUAACUAUGGAUGCUGGAUCUAUAAUUCUGAUGGACCUUCUAUGGUCUGAUCCAACAGAAAAUGAUAGCAUAGAAGGUUUGAGACCAAAUGCAAGAGGGCCUGGUCUGGUCACUUUUGGGCCUGAUCGAGUUACGGAGUUCUGUAAGAAAAAUAAAUUACAACUUAUUAUUAGGGCACAUGAAUGUGUGAUGGAUGGAUUUGAGCGAUUUGCUCAGGGGCAAUUAAUUACUCUAUUCUCCGCGACCAAUUAUUGCGGAACUGCAAAUAAUGCUGGAGCUAUAUUGGUGGUGGGCAGGGGAUUGGUUGUGGUUCCAAAAUUGAUUCAUCCCUUGCCACCACCCCUUCAGUCACCUGAGACAUCUCCAGAGCGAGCCAUGGAUGACACAUGGAUGCAGGAGCUCAACAUUCAAAGACCACCAACUCCUACACGUGGUCGUCCACAGCCUGACCUUGACCGGAGCUCGCUUGCGUAUAUUUGAUGAUAGCCGACUGAUUGUUGUAAUUUAUGGUACCUUCUUGUGUAUUUCCUUCUUUGGCUGGCUUGAUCAUCAGUCCGUCGGAAGUCAAGCAGCAUAGUGGCCACCUGCCAGGCAGGGACGAGGUAUGGUGCCGUUGUUGUAAUCUUUGAGAUAUAAGUUGCUGAACAGAAGCCUUUAUUAGUGUACACAUAGAUUUAGAGUUUUUGGUAGAAGUUAUAGCUUUCAACCAAUUGAGUGUAAUAUAUGUAAAUUUUAGUCUGAAGUAGAGAAUUUUCUGCUUCUGGACAGAUCAUAUAGCAAGGGGAGGGGUUGGUUGGUCGUCCUCUGUAUUGUAACGUAAAUUCUGAUUGAUUUUUUUCUUUAUAAGCUGAUUAGUUAAUGGUGUUAUGGGUA